AGACAGCAAAUUGAUCAUUUAUUUCAUCAAAACAUAGAAAAAUAGUGUGGUAGAGAAAAGGAGAGAUGUCGGGUGCACAAGGAGCAGAGCCGAAGGGGUCGAGGACUGCAACCGAGUACGAGUCGGUUCCGGAAGAAGGGAACACGACCCGGCUCGACAUCCGGUCAUGGGACGACGAGCCGGGCAUUCAAGUUGAUAAGCUUCAGGACAAGGUUGAAGAUGCCGCCGGAUUAGGCGGUCCCGUUUUCGGCGCCGGGAAGGAUGACGACAAGCAGGAUCUCGGCGUCACGGGCACCGCGUAAUACGUAGUAACAUAGAUUAAUAAGAUGCAUUAUUAUAUGGACAUGUAACAAGGAACGUGUUGUGCCCGUUGCUUAAUAAUAAUCCGCGACCUUUGUUUUUCUUUCUUCUAGGAAAAAAGGGUAAUUUUAGCUAGGUAUAAACGAUACGGUUGGGU